AUGAUGGCUGGGCCACCGGUGGUCGCUGCUCCACCGGCAGCGUUCGCUCCUUCACGAUUGCUCGUUGUUCCACAGUUGAUAUCUCAACAGCCUCCUGCCCUCGAAGCUCUGCCGCCAUCACCACCGAUGUUGGGAUACAAAAUGCCAGAUCAGUUGAGUGUUGCAUCUUCAUCUCCAUACAAUGCCAAUCCACCAACAAUGGUUUCAUAUAGUCCGGAAACACCGUCACAGAUUUACCAGGUCAUUUUAUUUCAGCCACCGUUAAAAGGAUAUAUUAGCAACGCACCAAGCGCGAAGAAACUGCGUCUGCGUCAUUAA